UAUGUAGUAUGCAUACUAGAUCGAAUCACACGUGAAAUCGUUAAAUAGUAACGGCGAUUGCGCGAGCUUGCAGUUAUUACCCUCACACUCACACACACACCCUUCCCAUUUCUCUCUCCAUCUGUCUCUUGCUGCUGAGGUUUGUUUGUUGUCUCCCUCUAGACAUGUUUCACUCUUGAUUUUCUCACCUCAUUUUCUUUGUUUGAUUUCUAAGAAAUAUAUAUAUGUCUGUCUGAAUUAUAUAUGCUUGUAAGAUGAGAGCAAUUAGGUUCAGGCCAACAGAACCAAGCUCUUCAACUUAGAUUCCUCUCAUCAUCAGGAGAUACAGUUUCUACGUCCUGACAUUGUGGUGGGUUUUGUGAAUGCGAUGAGGGCAACGAGAUCGAGUUGAUCUUCUCGCCGGAGAUGGGGAAGAAAGGAAGCAGCUGGUUUUCGUCAGUCAAGAAAGUUUUCAAAAGUUCUUCUAAGGACUCACCGGACAAAAAGAAGGAAUUAACUGGGGAGAAAUGGCAGCAACAUGAUGCGGCAGAGGUUGUGUCGUUUGAACAUUUUCCUGCAGAGAGUUCACCGGACAUCACCAACGACGAGUGCACCACUGUAUCAUCAACUCCUCUCAAUUCUGAUAAAGAUAGAAACCAUGCCAUUGCUGUUGCCGUGGCAACCGCUGCCGCUGCUGAAGCUGCUGUUGUCGCUGCACAAGCUGCCGCUAAAGUUGUUCGAUUGGCCGGCUAUGGACGCCACUCUAAGGAAGAAAGAGCUGCAACUCUCAUACAGUCACAUUACAGAGGCUACCUAGCUCGACGUGCGCGACGUGCUUUGAAGGGAUUGGUGAGGCUACAAGCAUUGGUGAGAGGCCAUAAUGUGCGAAAGCAAGCACAAAUGACAAUGCGGUGCAUGCAGGCAUUAGUGCGUGUACAAGCCAGAGUUCGAGCUCGACGGCUCCAAUUAACCAAAGGCAAGCUUCACAACAAGGCAGAUCAGGAUCAAUAUUAUGACGAGGAUGACGAUGAUGAACAGGAAAGAAGAGCAUUUAUGGAGGAAGCUGAAGAGCAAAAGCUCAUGAGUCCCGCGAAGAAAUAUGAAAUGCAAAGUAGGAAUGGCACCACUAGGCAUCAAAGCUUCAAGGAAAAUGCCUCAAAGAAACAUGAUGCUGAGGUCAAAAGAGAGAGAGCUCUCGCUUAUGCUUAUAGCUACCAGAAGCAGCAACAACUUCUACAACCCACUCAUGAUGGUACUGAAUUUGGGCUCCAGCCCAAUCAGAGUGAUAAGGCCCAAUGGGGUUGGAAUUGGCUCGAGCGUUGGAUGUCAUCGCAACCCCACCAGGCCCGCCCCACAGGACCACGAGAUACCUCUUUUGGGACAAACAUCACCACUACAACAACCACCGACAACAUGUCCGAGAAGACAGUUGAAAUGGACACCGUCGCAGCUUCGAGCUCGCCUCACAUCAAUAUGGGCCUACUCAAUCAGGACAUGAUCGACUCGAACCCCUAUUCAACCCGGCAGCACCGCCGACAAAGCUCGAACAACGUUCCUAGUUACAUGGCCCCGACCCAAUCUGCUAAGGCCAAGGCACGAGGCCUAGGCUUAGGCAAGCAGCGCAGCCCGCCCACUCCUCAAUGGAACCCAUCAACAAAGAGAGGGUCUGUAAUUGGAUCGGGCUGUGAUUCGUCAAGCUCAGGUGGAGGGACAGCAACCUUCGUAAUCGCAAGAAGUCCAAGCCCAAAACACAAUGGACCACGUGGGCAGGGUAGGGGAGGUGUGGCCAUUGGUCCAGAUUCGCCCCUCGGUGAGGAUUGGGGCCUGCCUCUUGCUGUUCAUGGUUGGAGACAUGAUUACGACUAAUGUGCUUUGAAUAAGGUGUGAUAUGAAUUUCCAUGGCUGGAUUUUUUUCAUUAACAAAAAACAAAAAACAAAACAGACUUUGUAUGUUAUUAUUUAUUUAAUUGUGGUAUGAUAAAGGAUCGACGAGGCUUGUAAUAAAUAUAUAAUUAUCUGUGAAAUAUUAUAGAAAUGGUGCCGUUAUGUUA